AUGAUACGCUUGAGUGACAGGGAUACAUCCCUGGGAACAAACUACAAAUUUAUAAUGAGAAGGUGGAAGCUGAUGGUGUUGCCCGUGUUCAUGGCCCUUGGUUUGAUACUGGUCUUGCAACACCCAAGUACAGUGUCGGAGUUUGUAUCUACUGGGGCCCCGGAUCUUGGGCUUGUGGAUCAGAAGCCAGUGGUCGUUAGAGACCCGUACACGGGGAGGGAAAAAACAUUGCACGGGAGGUUCUUACACAUCACAGAUAUUCAUCCAGAUUCGCUCUAUGAGGAGGGUGCCCCCGUAGGUGCAGUAUGCCACAACAGAUCCAGGGAGGGUGAUGGAUACGCGGAGGGGGAGGAUGGUGCGCCACGGUUUGGGCUCGCCAUGAGUGGAUGCGACUCCCCUAUGGAGCUGAUGGAAUUUACUCUGGAGUGGAUUGGGAAGAACCUGAGGGAUAAGAUUGACUUUGUGAUAUGGACAGGUGAUAACGUAAGACACGAUAACGAUAGGCAGUUCCCGAGAACAGAGUUCGAGAUAAUAGAUAUGAACAGUUUAGUCUCCGGUAAGUUCCAUAAACUGUUUGCCAAUAACGAGAGUGGGAACCCAAGGGAUUUUGACGUCGAUGUCGUGCCAAGCUUGGGGAAUAACGAUGUCUUCCCCCAUAAUCUAUUUGCCUUGGGGCCCACUUUACAAACCAGGGAACUUUACAAGAUAUGGAAUAACUACGUACCAGAGGAGCAACAGAGAACCUUUGAUAGAGGCGUAUGUUUCGUCAAGGAGGUCAUACCGGGGAAACUGGCCGUUAUCUCGAUAAACACAUUGUAUCUGUUCAAGGCAAACCCGCUUGUGGACAAUUGUAACUCGCCCAAACAACCUGGUUACAGACUGCUUUUGUGGCUGGGAUAUGUACUGGAGGAAAUGAGACAAAGAAAUAUUAAAGUUUGGUUUUCAGGACAUGUCCCACCAAUACCCAAAAAUUUCGAUGACAGUUGUUUCAACAAAUUUACACUGUGGACACACGAGUAUAGAGACAUAAUAGUGGGUGGCUUGUACGGACAUAUGAACGUUGAUCAUUUUAUCCCGGUUGACGGGAAAAGGGCUUGGCAAGAUCUAGAAGAGGAGGAAGAAAGGGCCCAACUUGGGGCUCAAAACCUGGAUUUUGCAAAUGACAAUAGCCAGGAUGAUGAAUCCUAUCUUGUGCAUGCAGACGCAGCAAGAGACGCUCGUUUAAUGGGCGCUAAGCCUCAAAAUAAAGUUUCCUACAUGGAAACUGUCAAGGAUAAUAUUUACGAAAAAAUUGACAAAAAAAUUCACCCUGGUGAGAAGUCAAAUGGUCGUAAGAGGAGGAAGGGGAAGAAGAGGAGGAAACAGGAUCCUGUGGAUAUCGAGAAAUUAAGCGAAAGAUACUCUAUCGUCAAUAUUGCUGGUUCUGUAAUUCCAACUUUUAAUCCUUCUUUCCGUGUAUGGGAGUAUAACAUCUCAGGACUAGAGCAAGAUACCUCCACUCUUGAAGGACCUAAAAACUGGGAUUCCUUUUUCAAAUCCUUAGAGGAAACGCUGGAAAAUGAUAUUGAGGAGGCACAACUUUUAUCGGAAGUGAACACACAGAAGAAGAAGAAAAAGAAGAACGGUAAACGUAAGAACGAUAAAACAGUCCCAGAAAAAAACCAAAGAACAUCCCACUGGGACCAGCUUAUACUCCACAACUGUUCGCACCUUUUACGGUUCGUCGAAUACUAUGCUGAUUUAAAAAGCAUUAAUAAGGAGUACUACGAGCUGUUAUGUUCAGGUGUAGACGCGGAGGAAGCCGCGAGUAACGUUUUCAGGUACCAGGUCGAAUACACUUCGGAAGAUGAGCCAUUCAAUACCAAGUCCCUGUUGGUUAGUGAUUACCUGAAAGUUCUCACCAAUAUAGUGCACGAAAAUGAUAAAUGGGACUCCUACUUAAGCAAAGCGUUCGUUUCCACCGGUUAUACGGAUGAUGAGGAUGAUUGA